UGUUAAUAUAAUUUUAAAUUCGAAAUAGAAUUUAGGCUCGAGCAUGUAAACUAAAUAUACAAUUUGAAACUUUUGGAAAGAGAGGUCACUGAAUGGGUCAAUUAGUUAUUGCAAACUAGGUUCACUACAUAGCUUUUUUGAAAUUCCAAGGGGAAAAAAUAGGUUUUCGUGACAUUUAUACCCUCACACAAUCUUUUGUUUCAAUCAGAUUGUAGCUGCAUUUGGGAAUGGCGAACAGCAAGUAUGAAUACGUCAAGUGUUUUGAGGUGGAAGACGAAGUAAUGUACCCAAAUAUCGUCGUCGUUCAAAUUGAUGGCCGCGACUUUGGCAGGUCAAGAGCUGGAGCAGAAUUAGAGUGCUGGUUCUUGUCAAUUGGUGUUGUUUCUCAGAGAAGCAUGGAUUUGAGAAGCCGAAUGAUGAAAAAGCCUUGAAGUUGAUGAAUGCUUGUGCUAUUAAGGUAUUAGAGAACUUCUCUGAUGUUAUAUUUGCGUAUGGAUUUAGUGAUGAGUACAGUUUUGUUUUGAAGAAGGAAACCACAUUUUACCAGAGGCGAGCAAGCAAAAUACUAUCCAUUAUCGUGUCUUUCUUCUCAUCUACAUAUGUAACCAAGUGGAAAGAGUUCUUUUCUCAAAAGGAGUUAAGUGCGUCUCCAUCAUUCCAUUCACGAGUUAUCAGCUGUGCAUCAAUGGAGGUUCUUCAGGCAUAUCUUCUAUGGAGACAAACAGAUUGUCAUACAAGCAAUCAAUACAAUACUUGUUUGUGGAAGCUGGUGUUGUCUGGAAAGUCAGAAAAGGAGGCCAAAGAGAUUCUUAAGGGAACACAAAAGCAGGAGCAAAAUGAAUUACUCUUUCAGCAGUUUGGUAUCAACUACAAACACCUUCCGCAGAUUUUUCGUCAAGGAUCUUGUGCCAUCAAGAUAAAGGUGGACGAUAUUGUGAAAUACCUUGAAAAUGGCACUCCUGUUAAAAGACCAAGGAAGAAAGCAGUCAUAAUUCACUCUGAAAAUGUAGCAACAAAAAGGUUCUGGAAUAACUACUCAUGCCUUACUGAGGAACUUGGUUCGCUCGCAGAAGGGAUUAACAAGAUUAAACCAGAGUAUUUAAGAUCUUUCCAAUUUGAAAGCAGGUUGAUGUUAUCUACUUGGGUUGUAGUACGGAUAGACGGCUGUCAUUUCCACAGGUUUUGUGAAGAUAAUGGUUUUCAGAAGCCAAAUGAUGAGCAGGCACUGAAACUUAUGAACUCUUGUGCGGUUUCUUUGCUAGAGAUUUUUAAGGAUAUCAUCUUUGCAUAUGGGGUGAGCGAUGAAUACAGCUUUGUUUUGAAGAAAGAUUCUCUAUUGUAUCAGAGGCGGUCAAGUGAAAUCGUCUCUGCCAUUGUAUCUCUUUUCUCUUCCAUGUAUGUGAUGAAGUGGAAAGAGUUUUUCCCUGAGAAAGAGUUUAAGGAACCACCUUAUUUUGAUGGCCGAUCUGUUUGCUAUCCAUCAUCUGAGAUUCUUCGAGAUUACUUGGCUUGGAGACAAGUUGAUUGUCACAUAAACAAUCAGUACAAUACUUGUUUCUGGCUGCUUGUUAAGUCUGGAAAGAGCAGAACUGAAGCACAAAGCUCCCUGAAGGGUACUCAAACUCAAGAAAAAAAUGAAUUGCUUGCCAAGUUUGGCAUUGAUUACAAUGCGUUACCAAUUAUAUUUCGGAUGGGGUCCUCCGUUUUCCUGGACAGAGAUGAACCAACAGGAAAUGACAGAGUAGUUGUUGAACACUGUAACAUAAUCGAGACGAGUUUUUGGAAAGGACAUCCGAGAAUACUUGAUGAGGAGCAACCAUUGCUAACGAUUUUACGGCCCCAUAGCAAUAAAAUGCUUCGAUUGUCUUGAAGUUGAGGAGUUGCUACCUAAGUUAUUAACCAUUUUUCAUUAGGUUAGAAAGAUAGUUCCAAAAUUUGUCAAAUAUGUAGAUUAGCCAUUUGCCUUUGAUUUGCCCUUUACUUCUUUUUUCUUCUUCUAAAGAUUUGUCUAACAAAACUCUCCUGUAUAUUGCUGUUCACUCAAGUUCAUUCAAAAAAUUUAGUAAACAAGAUUUUUGUGUUUUAUCACAUUCAA